AUGGCAUCUCCUAGACCUUCAUCUCCCCUGACCUCUGGUCCAGAAUCCGGGCCUGACUCGGCUGCUUCAGCUCAGAAAGCCAGUGGUUCUUCUUCUAUCGCGCGCCCCGGCUCACCUCCAGGAGGCCCUCGAUCCGCUAUUCGACGUCGCGCAGCUGCCGACCACAAGGAAACUCUCAAGAAUGCUCGCCCAACUUCGACGCGUUCGGCCGGGGCAGGUGGCUCUUCAGGAACGAUGUUAAGGUUGUACACGGAUGAGAGCCCUGGAUUGAAGGUGGAUCCUAUGGUUGUGCUGUUCCUGAGCUUGGGGUUUAUCUUCAGCGUGGUUGCGCUACACCUCAUCGCAAAGAUCACGAAGAGAUUCUCAUAG